UAAAAAAAAACAUUUCUAGGGUUUAAGAAGCACAGAGAUUUCUGAUUUCUGAUUUCUGAUAUCUGAAUCGAAGCAACAAAACAAUGGCGUCCAAUUGUGCGAGAAAUCUACUCCGUCGAUCCACUUCUUCAGCAAAAACCUUGUUAUCUCGCAUCCAAUCGCAGCCUUCAGCUGCGCCGGGACCAUCGAAGCUCAACGGAUUCGCGGCCACCGCCCCACGCCGCCGCCCACCCUUCUCCUCCUCCAGGCUACCGGUUGAGCUGGGAUGCGCCGGCGAAUCGUUGAUGCCUCUGCAUUCGGCUACUGCUUCCGCUUUGCUGAAUUCAAUGCUGUCUUCCAAGGUUGGCCAAUGGGGUUCUCUUUCUGAAGGGUUCGCGACACCACUAUAGCAGGACCUUUCGUAACGAAAUUUUCGAACAAAGAGAUGAUGUGAAGACGGCCAAAGAUGCUCGUUGCUUUUUGUUUUUUGUAAGACGAACAAAAUAUAAUGCCAAAAUGGAUAUAUAUUUUUGGUUAAACAUGAUUUGUCCCUACCCCUUGAUUUAAUAUAUUGCGUUUUCCGAACGCACGUAUUUUUCUGUUA